AUGACCAAUCAACAACAACAACAACAACAACAACAACUACCAAUAAUAAUACAAGGAUUUAUUAUUCAAUGGACUACAGAGUAUGAUCCAACACCUUAUACAUUGAUAAAGUUGGCAUUGGUCUGUAGACAAUGGGCUGCCACACUGGUACCAAACAACUUUAUAUCGAUCAAGAGUGGAAACUUCAAUCUGAUAAAGAGAUUGUCAACAAAGCCAAUAAUCAGAGGUUAUCCAGACAGCAGACCAUGUACAUUCUACAAUAUCCAAAUCACUAGAGGUGCCUCCCGCUCAUCGUUCAUCGUCACUUCACCACCUACACAUUCUCCAUCAUCUGCCAUACCCAGUCCGCCUCCACAAACAACACAACAACUACUGCCGAGAGUGCCCAGUGGAAUCGAAGCCAAUACAAUGGGCCAGCUAUCGAAUGGAAACAUGCUACAAUAUGUUCGCCAAUCGAGUUGUAUACAAAGCUUUUCAUUGAUCAACUAUAAUCUUGAAAUAGAACGCAACAUUGGUGGAGAGAUAAGUGAUGUUAUAGCUUUGAACAAGUCUAAUUUGACCAAGUUGGAGUUGGUAAAUGUGGACCUGGCAUCCAAUGGCUCCAGUCAGAUUAUCAAAGCGUUGCUACUUAAUCAUCACUUGACCGAGUUGAACCUAUCUCGUAACUUUAUGCGUGAGAAGGAUGCCAUUGCAAUUGGACAAGUGAUCAAAAGUUCAUCAUUGAUCAAGGUCAACCUCAGCUUCAAUGAGUUCAGGUUAUCCGGCGUCAGAGCCAUCAUAGAGGCCCUAUCAAACAACAAGACCAUAAGGGAGAUCAAUCUAGAAGCAGUAUGCCAUAUGGAUUGUCCUGUAACACCAAAGAUGUCAUCAUCACAGAACAGCCCUGUAACAAUAUCAACCAACCUCUUCUUGAAUAUAAACUCAAUGGCUCCAACAACAUUGUCCAGCAGCUUCUCUGCAUCCUCAGUUGGCACAAGUCCCAGCCUAUCACCAAUGCUACUUGGCUCUUCUUUCGAUCCAUUCACAAGCAGACGCGCCCCAGCAUCCAACAGCUCCCCUACAUCAUCAUCAUCAAUAUCAAUGGAUAGUGGACUUACCGAGGCUAUCUACAACCUAAAGACAAACACAUGUCUCACAUCAAUCAACCUCAGCCACAACACCUUUAGCAAACAAGUCAGCGUUGCACUGUCCGAGUUGGCUCAGUCCUGCCAAUCAAUCACCAACCUUCAACUUAACAAUCUAAAGCUUGAUGACGAUUGUGGCCUCAAACUAGGAUGUGCCAUCAGAGAUACAAGGUCAUUAUCAAGACUAUCACUCAAUCACAAUCAUCUUGGAAGGGAGUCCGUAACAGAGUUGUCCUUCAACAUGUGUCUCAAUGUAUCCAUCACAGAGUUAUACUUGUCCAACAAUAUGUUUGGUGAUGAUGCUGGAUUGGACCUUGGCAACAUGCUUGCCGCCAACAGGACACUGGAAGUUCUUGACCUCUCGGACAAUAACAUUGGAUCUAUCGGUACCAAGUCAAUAAUGGAUGGUCUACAGAUCAAUACAUCAUUAAGACGACUUGUAUUUAACAACAACAAGGCAGGUGAUCUGGGUGGCGAACACAUGGCAACAAUGCUCAGCAAGAACAAAACCCUGAGAGUACUUGAAGUGUGCACUAACAACCUCAGGUCAAAGGCCGGCAAGCACUUGGCCAACAGCCUGGCAACAAAUAACAGCUUAACCUCUAUAAGAUUGUCCUACAACCUGAUGCUCGAACAUUCAGGUAUCGUCAACGAGGACAUCAAAGAUUGCAUCCAAGCCAUAUCAUUGUGUGUCCAGAAGAACAAGACAUUGAUGUGUCUGGAGGUCGAUGGCAAUCACUUCCAAACAGCAGCCGUCCAAGAGAUACAAUCCUGUAUGGAACGUAACCUUACAACAUUGGUCAGAGGUGACAAGAUGCCUGUUGUGCAACCACAACAAGGCAGGACAUGGAAGGUUGGAAGAAGAAGACUGGACAUAUCCUCGUUGGGCCUUCUUUAA